UGAAGAUCAUCAUGUCUCCACUUCCUCUUCUCAUCUCUCUUCUCUUUCCUCUCUUUCUCCAUAUGCUCCAUAUCCAUCUCUCCUCCUCCUUCUCAAAAUCUAAUCCAAAAGACAUGCAACACCACCACAUACUACGACCUCUGCAUGUCUUCCCUCUCCGGCGACCCCAAAAGCCAAGACUCCGACGUCCGUGGCCUUUCCACCAUCAUUAUCAACCUCGCCAUCUCCAACUCCACCAACACCUCCUCCUACGCCCUCUCCCUCUCCUCCAACUCCACCAACACCUCCAUGAAAACACUUCUCCAGAGCUGCUCCUCCAAGUACUCCAACGCCUCUCAAGCUUUGAGACUAUCCAUGGACGCCAUUCAAAAGAACUACUUUGAUGAUGCUUUUGUUCAUGUCAGUGCCGCCGGUGAGUACCCCAAUGUUUGCCAGGUGCUUUUCCGGCAACAACCGAAGCUCGUCUACCCGCCGGAGAUGAUGAAGAGGGAGGUCGUUCUUGAGAGGCUGUGCAUUGUCGCUUUGGAUAUCAUCUCUCUUCUUAUUCAAUAUUGA